AUGUAUCUUAUAAUGGAGCUGUGUGAGGAUGGAGAACUUAAAAAAUUUCUUUGUAGUAAAGGACAUUUUACAGAAAAUGAGACAAGGCACAUCAUUCAGGGUCUUGCUUCAGCAACGGCGUAUCUUCACAAAACAGAUAUUGUUCACAGAGAUCUAAAAGUGGAAAACAUUUUAGUUAAAAGCAGUGACAUCAAUGGAGCAAAUGAAAUGAAAUUAAACAUAAAGCCCCUGAAGUUAUCGGUGCCUACGACUACGGCCAACAGUGUGACGUUUGGAGCAUAGGUGUCGUUAUGUACAUGCUGUA